AUGUCAGACCCAAGAGGAGAUCUAUGCAUGAUUCAUACUCCUUUAGUUGUCUGGAUAGCCGACUACCCUGAGCAACUCCUCAUUACAUGUACUGCCUCAAAGUGCUCACUGAUUUCUCUUGCUGUCUCUGCACAAUUUGGGGACCCUUUUCCACACUCUCCUCAAACUACCUGCACUAUUUCCAACCCCUGUGACAUCCCAUUAUUCUACAAAACAUUUGAGCUGUACUGGAUGGAUUGGGAUGAUGCAUAUGCCCUUUAUCAAUGGCACAAUUUUUUCUUUGACCAUCUCAUUACUUGGUCCAUAAAUAUCAUGGGGGGAGCAGAACUCAAUCAUCAACUGUCAGCUCUUCAACCUUGGGUAGGAGUGCACCAUUGGGUGAAUGGUCAUCAGGACCUCGAGAAGCUUCUUUCUGCCCUGAUUGUUGGUACUGUCCCCAAUGAUGUUGCAUGCGCACUAUGUGCCAUUACGGAAUUCAUAUUUCAGGCUCAGAAUCUCUUCCUCUAUGAAGAAACAUUACAUUCUCUAACUGAGGCCUUGCACGAGUUUUACCACCACAAGGCUUCCAUCAUAACAGCUGGUGGUUGCCAUGGUAAGAAUGAGUUGAUGCAGCAUGUCACCCAGAGUACUUGUGUCAUGGGUGCCCCAUAUCAGUGGAGCAGUGAUAUCACCAAGCACUGUCACAUCACCCAUGUGAAACGACCUUACCAUAUGACCAACCACAAGGAUUUUUAUGGUCAGUGCUGCCGCUUCCUUGAUCGACAAGAAAACUACAAUUCUUCCAGCUCUACACAGUUCUAA